CUGUUUUGGGUACAGAGGUAAAGGAGACAGACAUUGUCCUCCCUUAAAGGACUGAGGGUGGGAGAGGGUGGCAUUAAAUCAGCCUGAUAAAUAAAGAAGAUACUGAGGUGGUCGGAAAAGACCCUGCCUGUGGAGAAAGAGAGGCUACAAGCAAAGUAGGGGUGAGGAAGGACAGCAAAAGACACAGGCCCUGAGGAGAUGUGAGCCCUUCCCAACAGCAGGAGGCCAACUGACUGCUUUUCCUCUGCUUCUGACUCCUAGCCCAGGGCAAGGUUUGUCCUCUGUCCUGCCUGGGCUACAGGCAAGUUCCUCUAAAGUUAUAGCUCUCUUGUCCAUCCCUUCCCCCUCCUUCUCUUUUGUCAGUUGUAUUUUGAGCCAGGGUCUCACUCUGUAGUAGGCCCAGAUGAGCUGGACUCUUUAGGUAGGCCAGAUUGACCUCAAACUCCUAUAAUCCUCCUGCCUCAGCCUCCCAAAUGUUAGGGUUACAAGCCUGGCUCCCCCCCCUCCUUGUCGGCUGCUGAUAAGUCCUUUCUCUCAUCCUCCCCUGGCGUGGCCCCUCACCUCUUGCUGUCUUUUCCUCUGAAUGGUGUGAGGAGGGGGCACUUUCUCUUCCCCACCCCACCCCCCAAAAAGCCUGUUCCCCUUUCCUGCAGCCCUGGGGCGGGGUUGCGUGGGGGAGGAGGGAAGUUGGCAACAGGAAGUGCGGAGAAGAGCAAAGAAGGCUGUGAGGGGAGAAUUUUUAAAAAACAGCCAGGGACUGGGGUUUCUAGCCCUGUACCAGGGUCACCCUGGCCCGGAGCCAAAGGUCAGAAGAAAGAAAACACAGUGAGAAUUGCUGAACUGUUGAGGUACCAUCUGGAUGUUACUUUGUCUCCCCUAAACCCAGAAACCGGGCUCCAUGGAGCAGACAGAGACUCUGAUUAGGAACAGUGGGGCCUCGCAACCUCAGGAAUGGCUUGAUGGACAGGGUUUACCAAGCCUCAGCCGGAGCAGGAGCAGCCCCUGGGGAGACCUGCCAGACCAGCCAGCAGCCCUGCAUUCCUGUCAGCCACAGCUGGAUGACCCCCACGAGGAAAAGUCAGGUCUGAUCAACAUGACCAAGAUUGCUCAAGGAGGGCGCAAACUCAGGAAGAACUGGGGCCCGGCUUGGGUGGUGUUAACUGGUAACAGCCUUGUGUUCUACCGAGAGCGGCCGCCGCAGUCUGCGCCGUCCCAAGGCUGGGCGCCGGCAGGGAGCCGGCCGGAAAGCAGCGUGGACCUGCGCGGGGCGGCCCUGGCUAACGGGCGCCACCUGUCCAGCCGCCGCAACGUCCUGCACAUCCGGACGGUCCCCGGCCAUGAGUUCCUGCUGCAGUCGGACGAGGAGCCCGAGCUGCGAGCCUGGCAUCGCGCGCUGCGGGCAGUCAUCGAGCGUCUGGAUCGGGAGAACCCCCUAGAGUUGCGUCUGUCCGGCUCGGGACCCGCAGAGCUGGCAGAGCUGAGCGCUGGUGAGGAUGACGAGUUGGAGUCAGAGCCGGUGUCCAAGCCACUGCUAAGGCUUAGCAGCCGCAGGAUUUCCAGUCGGGGUGCCGAGGGCACUGAGCAGAAAAACCGCGUGCGGAACAAGUUAAAGCGGCUGAUCGCCAAGAGACCAACCUUGCAGAGCCUUCAGGAGCGGGGCCUGCUCCGAGACCAAGUGUUCGGUUGCCAGUUGGAAUCGCUGUGCCAAAGGGAAGGGGACACCGUGCCCAGCUUUGUCCGGCUCUGUGUUGAGGCUGUGGAUAAAAAAGGUCUGGAUGUGGACGGCAUUUACCGUGUGAGCGGGAACCUGGCAGUGGUCCAGAAACUGCGCUUCCUGGUAGACAGAGAACGGGCAGUCACCUCUGAUGGGAGAUACAUGUUUCCAGAACAGCCGGGACAAGAAGGCAAAUUAGAUUUAGACAGUGCGGAAUGGGAUGACAUUCAUGUGAUCACUGGGGCCUUGAAGCUUUUUUUACGGGAGCUGCCAGAGCCUCUGAUGCCUCCACCAUUGCUGCCUCAUUUUCGUGAUGCCCUCGAACUUUCUGAGCCAGAUCAGUGCCUCUCUGAAAUAAAAAAACUAGUGGACUUGUUACCGAAGCCCAACCGUGACACACUGCAGUACAUCCUGGAGCAUUUAUGCAGGGUGAUCGCACACUCAGAUAAGAACCGAAUGACCGCCCACAACCUGGGAAUUGUGUUUGGACCAACGCUGUUCCGCCCUGAGCAAGAGCCCUCUGACAUGACAGCCCACGUAUUCUACCCUGGGCAAUUGAUCCAGCUGAUGGUCAACAACUUUGCAAGCCUCUUCACCUGACUCGGGCAGGGAGGAGGAAGACAUGGCCAUUUGUCAGCUGGUCUUUGGAGAGGACAUCCCGGAAGCUCUCUCCCGGAGGCUGCUCUUCCACUGGGCUGUCAGAUGUGGGAGAAGAGGAAGGUGUGUGAGCCCCACUUCCAGUCUCCCCAAGAUGACACAUGGGGCUCUUACUCU